AUGGCCAUAUCGGUGAAUGCUCUUCGCACCCAGCUGGUGGCACUGACCAAUUCGUCUGGCAUACAUAAGGAGCAGGUGGAUAAAUAUCGUUCGUUGCUGGAUCAGAGUUUGCUCAACACCGGCAGCGAGCUGAUCGAUACUUUGAAACUGUUUAUCGAAGCUAUUCUAAACGAGCAUGUUAGCUUGGUUAUUUCGCGCCAGCUCCUAUCCGACGUUAGCACCCACCUUACCAAGCUGCCCGAUGAUAUCUCGAAAUCUGUCGCCCACUUCACACUGGACAAGGUGCAACCGAGGGUGAUUUCGUUCGAGGAGCAAGUCGCUUGCAUUCGGCAACAUUUGGCACAGAUCUACGAACGUAAUCAAAACUGGAAGGAGGCGGCUAACGUACUGGGCGGAAUCCCGCUGGAAACUGGCCAGAAACCCUAUCCUUUGGACUACAAGCUGGAAACAUACCUGAAAAUAGCGCGACUCUAUCUAGAGGACGAAGAUCCGGUUCAGGCGGAAGCGUUCAUCAAUCGUGCCUCGAUUUUGCAGGCCGACACGAAGGACGAAAUGCUGCAGAUCCUGUACAAGGUGUGCUAUGCGCGCGUUCUUGACUAUCGCCGCAAGUUUAUCGAAGCCGCACAGCGAUACAAUGAACUUUCCUACCGUACGAUCGUUGACGAAGGCGAACGUAUGACGGCACUGAAGAAGGCACUCAUCUGCACCGUACUAGCAUCGGCCGGGCAGCAACGGUCGCGCAUGUUGGCAACCCUGUUCAAGGAUGAACGCUGCCAACACUUACCGGCCUACUCGAUACUGGAGAAAAUGUAUCUCGAUCGCAUCAUUCGCCGUUCGGAGCUGCAGGAGUUUGAGGCGCUGCUACAGCUGCAUCAGAAGGCAAGCACACUCGACGGGUCCUCCAUACUGGAUCGGGCCGUGUUCGAACACAAUCUCCUAUCGGCCAGCAAGCUGUACAACAAUAUCACGUUCGAAGAGCUCGGUGCACUGCUCGAGAUUCCACCACCGAAAGCCGAACGGAUCGCAAGCCAAAUGAUUACCGAGGGCCGUAUGAACGGUUACAUCGAUCAGAUCGAUGGGGUUGUGCACUUUGAAACUCGUGAAGUGUUGCCACAAUGGGACAAACAGAUUCAGGGAUUGUGCUAUCAGCUGAACGGACUGAUUGAGAAGAUUGGUGCAGCAGAACCCGACUGGAUGAGCAAAAUAAUGGAGGAAGAAAUGUGCACAUGA